CCUCCAGGGAUUCCUCCAGGGAUUCCUCCAGGGAUUCCUCCAGGGAUUCCUCCAGGGAUUCCUCCAGGGAUUCCUCCAGGGAUUCCUCCAGGGAUUCCUCCAGGGAUUCCUCCAGGGAUUCCUCCAGGGAUUCCACCAGGGAUUCCUCCAGGGAUUCCACCAGGGAUUCCUCCAGGGAUUCCACCAGGGAUUCCUCCAGGGAUUCCACCAGGGAUUCCUCCAGGGAUUCCUCCAGGGAUUCCUCCAGGGAUUCCUCCAGGGAUUCCUCCAGGGAUUCCUCCAGGGAUUCCUCCAGGGAUUCCUCCAGGGAUUCCUCCAGGGAUUCCUCCAGGGAUUCCUCCAGGGAUUCCUCCAGGGAUUCCUCCAGGGAUUCCUCCAGGGAUUCCUCCAGGGAUUCCUCCAGGGAUUCCUCCAGGGAUUCCUCCAGGGAUUCCUCCAGGGAUUCCUCCAGGGAUUCCUCCAGGGAUUCCUCCAGGGAUUCCUCCAGGGAUUCCUCCAGGGAUUCCUCCAGGGAUUCCUCCAGGGAUUCCUCCAGGGAUUCCUCCAGGGAUUCCUCCAGGGAUUCCUCCAGGGAUUCCUCCAGGGAUUCCUCCAGGGAUUCCUCCAGGGAUUCCUCCAGGGAUUCCUCCAGGGAUUCCUCCAGGGAUUCCUCCAGGGAUUCCUCCAGGGAUUCCUCCAGGGAUUCCUCCAGGGAUUCCUCCAGGGAUUCCUCCAGGGAUUCCUCCAGGGAUUCCUCCAGGGAUUCCUCCAGGGAUUCCUCCAGGGAUUCCUCCAGGGAUUCCUCCAGGGAUUCCUCCAGGGAUUCCUCCAGGGAUUCCUCCAGGGAUUCCUCCAGGGAUUCCUCCAGGGAUUCCUCCAGGGAUUCCUCCAGGGAUUCCUCCAGGGAUUUCUCCAGGGAUUCCUCCAGGGAUUCCUCCAGGGAUUCCUCCAGGGAUUCCUCCAGGGAUUCCUCCAGGGAUUCCUCCAGGGAUUCCUCCAGGGAUUCCUCCAGGGAUUCCUCCAGGGAUUCCUCCAGGGAUUCCUCCAGGGAUUCCUCCAGGGAUUCCUCCAGGGAUUCCUCCAGGGAUUCCUCCAGGGAUUUCUCCAGGGAUUCCUCCAGGGAUUCCACCAGGGAUUCCUCCAGGGAUUCCUCCGGGGAUUCCUCCAAGGAUUCCUCCAGGGAUUCCUCCAGGGAUUCCUCCAGGGAUUCCUCCGGGGAUUCCUCCAAGGAUUCCUCCAGGGAUUCCUCCAGGGAUUCCUCCAGGGAUUCCUCCAGGGAUUCCUCCAGGGAUUCCUCCAGGGAUUCCUCCAGGGAUUCCUCCAGGGAUUCCUCCAGGGAUUCCUCCAGGGAUUCCUCCAGGGAUUCCUCCAGGGAUUCCUCCAGGGAUUCCUCCAGGUAUUCCUUCAGGGAUUCCUCCAGGGAUUCCUCCAGGGAUUCCUCCAGGGAUUCCUCCAGGGAUUCCUCCAGGGAUUCCUCCAGGGAUUCCUCCAGGGAUUCCUCCAGUGAUUCCUCCAGGGAUUCCUCCAGGGAUUCCUCCAGGGAUUCCUCCAGGGAUUCCUCCAGGGAUUCCUCCAGGGAUUCCUCCAGGGAUUCCUCCAGGGAUUCCUCCAGGGAUUCCUCCAGGGAUUCCUCCAGGGAUUCCUCCAGGGAUUCCUCCAGGGAUUCCUCCAGGGAUUCCUCCAGGGAUUCCUCCAGGGAUUCCUCCAGGGAUUCCUCCAGGGAUUCCUCCAGGGAUUCCUCCAGGGAUUCCUCCAGGGAUUUCUCCAGGGAUUCCUCCAGGGAUUUCUCCAGGGAUUCCUCCAGGGAUUCCACCAGGGAUUCCUCCAGGGAUUCCUCCGGGGAUUCCUCCAAGGAUUCCUCCAGGG